GUUUCAAUGAAAAAAAAAGAGUGUGUAUGUUGUGUGUCUAUGUUAUGUUGUUUUUUUGGGUGCUCAACACACUGCCACAACGUUAUAAACAAAACAAAAAAAGCAUGCAUCGUUAUUUAUUACUGGCUAUUGGUCCUAUGUCAAGUGUGUGUUUCUGUGUGUGGAUGAUAUAAACAAAACAAAACAAAAAACGAAGACGACGACGACGAAUGAAUGAAUGCAAAAAAGAAAACAGAAAAUAUAAUAAACACAAACACACAAUGAGAAAAUUGUAAAAAUCAAUCAGCAGGCUUCAAUAACGACAAUAAUAAAGGCGCCCGUAUCUGUUUUUGCUGUGUUUUUGUUUUUUCGUAUGAAUAUUCCGCCAAAUAUUCUGUCUUUGAAUCUGUUUUUUUUUAUUAUUUGAAAAUUAAUUCAAAUCAAUUAAUUCGUGACUACCGAUCAAUCAUUUUUGGUUUGUUUGUUUGAGUGAGUAAGUGGGAAGAAUUGUCAUUUUUAUUUGAAAGAAACUAUUUGGUUUUUUCUCUUCGAAUUUCGAAUUGUCAUUUUGAUGAUUAUUAUCAAAUUGUUAUAAGAUUUUUGUGACCAUUUCAUGAUUGGUGGCAUCUUAGGUCAUUUAAAAUUUUUUAAAAUUAAUCAAUCAUCGUUACGAAAGAAAAAUAUUCUCAAAAAAUCAAACAUCAUGUGUGAUGAACAGGAAUUAAUCCAAUUGGAAACAUUAUGUAAAAAAUUAUAUGAAUCAAGCGAUUCAGAUGAACGUAAACAAGCCGAAUCAGCAUUGUUAAUGUUUUCCAAUUCAUUGGAUUGUCUACCAAAAUGUCAACUUUUAUUGGAACGUCGUGAUUCGGCAUUUGCACAAUUAUUAGCUGCAACAACAUUGACCAAAUUAAUAACACGUAAUCCAACCGGUCUUUCGGUUGAUCAACGUUUAGACAUUCGAAAUUAUAUAUUAAAUUAUUUAGCAUCAAAUCCAAAAUUGGCACCAUUUGUUUUACAAGCAUUAGUUACAUUAUUUGCUCGUAUAACAAAAGUAGGAUGGGUUGAUAUGAAAAAUGAACAAUUUGUUUUUCGUGAUAUUAUACCGCACAUCAGUCAUUUUGUUGGGGGAACAGUUGAAUAUUGUAAUAUUGGUGUACAGUUAAUAUCGACACUUGUCAUUGAAAUGAACCAACCAAACGCACAUGAAUCAAAUCGUUCAAUAUUUCGUCAUCGUAAAAUAGCAUCAUCAUUUCGUGAUAAAAAUUUAUAUGAAUUUUUUCAAUUAUCACAAGGUUUAUUAAAAAGUGCUUUGGAUGAAUUGAAAAAAAAUAAAAUAUUAGAUGAUGAUGAACAAACAUUGAUUAGUAAUUUAUUAAAAUUAAUAAUCAAUUGUCUUUCAUUUGAUUUUAUUGGUGCAUCAUCGGAUGAUUCAUCCGAUGAUUUAACAUGUGUACAAAUUCCUACCAUUUGGCGACCGGCAUUUCUCGAUAUGAAUAAUCUCAAAAUUUACUUUGAUCUAUUCCAUUUAUUACCGGCCAAUAUAUCAUCAUUGUCACUUUCAUGUUUAGUACAGCUAGCAUCGGUUCGUCGAUCAUUAUUCAACAAUACUGAACGUGUAAAUUUUAUUAAUAAUCUGAUCUCUGGUAUACGAAUAAUAUUGGAAAAUCCAACCAAACUUUCCGAUCCAAGUGCUUAUCAUGAAUUUUGUCGUCUAUUAGCACGAUUGAAAAUUAAUUAUCAAUUGGGUGAAUUAGUUAAAGCAGAUGAUUAUGCUAAAACAUUAGAAUUGAUUGCCAAUUUUACUAUUACCAGUUUAAGGAUGUGGACCGUAGCAUCAAAUUCAAUCCAUUAUCUGCUAACAUUAUGGCAAAAAUUAGUUACAUCUGUACCAUAUGUAAAAGCAACCGAACCACAUUUAUUAGAACGUUUUGCACCUGAAGUAACCAGAGCAUAUAUAACAUCAAGAUUAGAAAUGGUUAAUGAAGUUGUUGUUAAUGGUUUAGAAGAUCCAUUCGAUGAUAUUGGUAUGGUACAACAACAAUUAGAACAAUUAUCAACUAUAGCACGUUGUGAAUAUGAAAAUACUUGUUCAUUAUUGGUAACAUUGUUUGAUCAGUCAGCAAAAUCAUAUCAAGAUUUAAUGCAAACAAUGCCACAAUCACGGGUUGAAGUUGAAAUACAAGAAAAUCGCCUGACAUGGUUAGUGUAUAUUAUUGGUGCUGCUAUUGGUGGUUGUGUAUUUCUUCAUAGUAAUGAUGAACAAGAUCAUAUGGAUGGUGAAUUGGCAUUUCGUGUGUUACAAUUGAUGAAUUUUACCGACAUUCGUUUAGCACGUGGUGGAUUUUGUAAAAAACUUGAUCUAGCUAUAUUAAGUUUUUUUGAACAAUUUCGUAAAACUUAUAUUGGUGAUCAAGUACAAAAAACAUCAACUGUUUAUAAACGUUUAUCCGAUGUACUUGGUCUUAGUGAAGAAACAAUGGUUUUAAGUGUUUUUAUACGUAAAAUAAUAACCAAUCUAAAAUAUUGGGGAAAUGAUGAAGAUAUUGUUACGAAAACAUUACAAAUUCUUAAUGAUCUAUCCAUUGGUUAUUCAAGUGUACGAAAAUUGGUUCAAUUAGAAGAGAUUCAAUUUAUAUUGAAUAAUCAUACUGCCGAACAUUUUCCAUUUUUAAGCAAUUCUUUUGAUAUAAAAUAUAUGAAGUGCCGUACAAUAUUCUAUACAUCAUUAGGACGAUUAUUUAUGAUCGAUUCGGGUGAAGAUGAAGAUAAAUUUGAAAAAUUUAUGCAACCAAUCACUUCAUCGUUGGAUACAUUGAAAAAUAUGCUCAACAAUCAAUCAAUGUUUAAUGAGGAGGAAACAAAAAAAGCAUUGAUUGGUAUAUCUCGUGAUUUACGUGGCCUAGUAUAUUCAUUUAUUUCCAAAUCAAAUAUAAUGAUCUUUUUCAAUUGGAUUUAUCCAACAUAUACACCAGUUUUUCAUGCAGCUAUUGAUCUUUGGUUUAAUGAUCCACAGGUUACAACACCGGUAUUGAAAUUAUAUGCCGAAUUAGUUAAUAAUCGAUCACAACGUUUACAUUUUGAUAUAUCAUCACCAAAUGGUAUAUUAUUAUUUUGUGAUGCAAGUAAACUGUUGGUCAAUUAUGGAACAAAAAUACUUAUGCUACAUGAUUUACCUAAUGAUCGUCUUUAUGCAAUGAAAUUGAAAGGAAUAUCGAUUUGUUUUUCCAUUCUAAAAUUAGCAUUAAGUGGUUCAUAUGUAAAUUUCGGUGUAUUCGAAUUAUAUGGUGAUACAGCAUUAAAAGAUGCACUAAAUACAUUCAUCAAAUUAAUACUUUCCAUUUCAAUUACUGAUAUAUUGGAAUAUCCAAAACUUAGUCAAUCAUAUUAUGUACUAUUGGAAUGUAUUGCACAAGAUCAUAUGAAAUUUCUUGCUAAUCUUGAACCGAAUGUUUUUCUUUAUAUCAUAUCAUCAAUAUCGGAAGGUUUAAAUUCAUUGGAUAAUGUUUGUACAGCUUGUUGUUCAGCAUUAGAUCAUAUUGUAUCAUAUAUAUUUAAAGAAAUAUCUAAACAGAAUAAGAAAAAAUCAUCAUAUGAAGUUAAUUGUUUAAUGGAAUUAAAACCAGAAAUAUUUCAACAAAUGUUAUCAACUAUAAUGAAUAUAAUAAUGUUUGAAGAUUGUCGUAAUCAAUGGUCAAUGUCAAGACCAUUACUUGGCCUUAUUUUAUUGAAUGAAGAUUAUUUUAAUGAAUUACGACGUAACAUAAUUUCACAACAACCGAUUGAAAAACAGGCAACAAUGAAUCAAUUGUUUGAUAAUCUUAUGCAAGGUGUUGCACGUAAUUUAUUGGCUAAAAAUCGUGAUAGAUUUACACAAAACGUAUCAACAUUUCGUCGUGAAUUGAGCGAUUUUCAAAAAGGAAGCGUACCGAAUAACAAUGAAAUGAUGAAUAUGAUGAACUGAUUAAUCAUUUUCAUCAAAUUAAAUAUAUAUGCAGAAGCUGUUUGUUAAUAUUUUUUUUUUCUCAUUACUUGUUUCAAAAUAACUAUAUAUUUUUUUUAUAAAAUAACAACAUUGACAAUCUGUCAAAGAUCAAGAUGAUAAUUUUUUUUUACAUUUACCAAUAAUGAUUAAAUCCUUGAUU